GUAGCUGGAAGCAGGGGCGAGAGGAACGGAGGUGUAAAUAGAAAGCGAAAGCUCUCGGUCUCUCUCCCUUUUAUUAAAUGAAGGAAUGAAUUAUUGAAUAAGACACAUAUACAGGGAACACGCCUCCGCCGGGACAACCAAACGCCGAAGCUUUUGAUAUUUAACUUGCUCGAUGAUACAUGUUUAUAUGUGUAAAUAUUUGCCUGGGUUAAAACUAGAUUAGGACUUGCACGUCUGAUCCCACGAUCGUUUAAAGGGGACUUCAGAGGACUCUGCAAACGACUGCCGCCACACACGAUCGCCGCCGCCGAAACUCAUCGCCGCGAAGAUGGCAACUUUAACGAACGGACAGGUAGACGGCACGGUGCACGGAGCGGCCAGCACGAACGGGCUCGUGAAUGGAAUAAGCCACAGUCACGGUCCCGCGAGCUGCGCCACCAUCCCUAUGAAGGACCACGAUGCCAUCAAACUCUUCAUCGGACAGAUACCCCGCAAUCUGGACGAAAAGGACCUUCGGCCACUCUUCGAGGAAUUCGGGAAGAUCUACGAGCUGACCGUGCUGAAAGACCGCUUCACCGGCAUGCACAAAGGCUGUGCCUUCCUCACUUACUGUGCGAGAGAGUCAGCGCUGAAAGCUCAGACUGCCCUCCAUGAGCAGAAGACAUUGCCUGGGAUGAACAGGCCGAUCCAGGUGAAGCCGGCCGACAGCGAGAGCAGAGGAGAAGACAGAAAACUCUUUGUGGGUAUGCUGAACAAGCAGCAGUGCGAAGACGACGUCCGACGCCUCUUCGAGUCCUUCGGUAGUAUUGAGGAGUGUACGAUCCUCCGGGGCCCUGAUGGAAACAGCAAAGGUUGUGCGUUUGUGAAGUACUCAUCCCACGCUGAAGCUCAGGCGGCUAUCAGUGCCCUGCACGGCAGUCAGACCAUGCCUGGUGCCUCCUCCAGUCUGGUAGUGAAGUUUGCAGACACUGAUAAAGAACGCACCAUUCGUCGCAUGCAGCAGAUGGCUGGUCAGAUGGGCAUCUUCAAUCCUAUGGCCCUUCAGUUCGGAGCGUAUGGAGCAUACGCACAGGUUCAGCAGCAGGCUGCUCUCAUGGCGUCCGUGGGCCAGGGCGGCUAUCUCAGUCCUAUGGCUGCAUUUGCUGCAGCUCAGAUGCAGCACAUGGCCACAAUCAACGGCCUGCCUGGUGCUCCAAUGACCCCCACAUCAGGAGGAAGCACACCCCCUGGCAUCACUGCUCCCACAGUGACCAGCAUCCCUUCUCCAAUUAGUGUCAAUGGUUUCACUGGACUGCCCCCUCCACAAGCCAAUGGCCAGCCACCUGCAGAAGCAGUGUUCACCAAUGGGAUUCACCCUUACCCAGUCCUGCAGGAGGUGGUUUUUAGGGAAGACUCGGAGAAGGGCGGCCUGGGUGUGACCCAGCGGAGUUGUUUUGGGGUUCAGGGAAGCUGCUUCCUCUCCUCUCUCUCUGAAGCCCAGAGUCCCACGGCAGCUGAUCCCCUUCAGCAAGCGUAUGCAGGAGUCCAGCAGUACGCAGCAGCCUACCCAGCUGCAUAUGGACAGAUCAGUCAGGCCUUUCCUCAGCCCCCAGCCCUUAUUCCACAGCAGCAGAGAGAAGGACCAGAGGGUUGUAACCUGUUCAUCUACCACCUCCCUCAGGAGUUUGGGGAUGGCGAGCUCAUGCAGAUGUUCCUGCCUUUCGGUAAUGUCAUCUCCUCCAAAGUGUUUGUGGAUCGGGCGACAAACCAAAGUAAAUGCUUUGGUUUUGUGAGUUUUGAUAACCCAGGCAGUGCCCAGGCUGCUAUCCAGUCCAUGAAUGGCUUCCAGAUCGGCAUGAAGAGACUCAAAGUGCAGCUCAAACGGCCAAAGGACGCCAACCGCCCAUAUUAGCCCCGCCCCCAAACUCCCCUCACCCUGGGGGUGAAGGCCACUGAGGCACACAGAGAACAACAGAGCUGGAUCACAUGUUGAUAACAUGAAUAAUGUUAAUGAAACACAAAAGAACCACAAAAGGACAAGCUCGUCGCGGCUGGGGGUUUGACGUGCAGUUGGAGGUGUGUCGGACACGUGGGGAUUCCUCUCACACCGCCACCGCGAAGCUCAGUGAGCCUUCAGAACCUCAGUGGCAACUCAGGAGAGCCGCCGUGUUCUACAGCCACACAGGACUCCCUUUCUGAGUCUCCACAGCCUGCCUAGCAGAAGCCCAUCUCACACAGGAACACACGGACGAACCACUUAAAGACCAACAAAAUAUCACCAACAAAGCAGAACGCUGUAAGACCUUUGGAAAAGCCUCAGAACAAACAGACUCCAAAAUCAAGGCAUGAAGGGGGGAAAAAUAUUUUAAAAAACUAAUUAAAAAAAAAAAACCUUUUGAAACCUAACUUGUGGGGUGGGAGUCAUGUAAUAAGGGACUUGUCUUUGAGAAAACUUUUUCAAGAACUGUUUUAAAGAAGAAAAUAAAAUAAAAAAAAUAAAAAAAUAAAAAUAAAAACAUUCACCUUUUUGGAAGAGCGAAACUUUUGGGAGGAUGUGCCACUUCAGGACACAGACUGGCUGUGGUUGGGGAUGGCCAUGUUUACUUGGAGUGCCUGUCCGUUUCCAGAGGCUACAGCUGCCAUGACGACCGCAGCUGCCAUAGCGACUGCAGCUGCAGUCCCCUGCGAGACUUACCUGUCAUUCCUUAGUUGUGUAGGGACCAAAAGACCAAACCUUUUUAUCGAUAACAAAAAAAAAAGACUUGUAGCUGUAACAUACGCAGACCACUGCAUCUCUUUUGCUGUGCCAACGGGUUUAAGAGUUGUAUUUACAAAAAAAAAAAAGAGAGAUCUGUAUAAGUAGAAUAUAUAUGAAUAUAUGUAUAAAUGCAUACAUAUAGAUUACUGAUAUGCUUUUAAAUACUGGCAAAACUAUUUCAGAUGGCCCAUGGAGGUCGCUCACCGCUAGUUUACAAUUAUUCAAAAUGAAGACUAUUUAUUUUUUUCUCUUCUCAUGUUGUCUGUGGUGGGGUGAAGGGUGCGUGGGAAGGGUUGUUCCGUGUUGCAGCCUUACCUUUUCUAGAUCCACACCCCGCCCUUGUAGUUACGAUUCCAUCAACAAAAGGUUUGAGAUAUACAAACCUGUUUAUAUUUACCGUAGAUAUAAUAUGUAUUGCAAACUUUCAAGAAAUAUGUAUUCCUAUAUAUGCACAUGCCCUGCAAAUAUAUGGAUACAUAAGAUACUAAUCCCAAACUCAUAUAUAUGUAUUUAUAUGCAUAUAUUUUAUAUGUGUGUAUAUAUAUAUAGAACCAGCUAUUCAAUAUGUAGAACUGUAAUUUUUUUGUAGAUUUUAGCUGGUGUUUGAACCACAGCUCUGCUUGGACUUAACCAAUGGGAAGAGUCUCAUAUCUGGCAGCUCCCAAACUGCAGGCAUUCCUCUUUCUGAUGAACAUGUAUGCCAACACACACACACACACACUCACGCACGCACGCACGCACACUGAAACAUAUACACACAAAUAUGUGCGAUUAUUAUCGAUAGAUGUAUAUAUGUGCAUAUGCUAUUGACAAAUGCAAAAAGGCCUCCUCUCAUUUGAGAGUUUAAAGAGAAUCAGGCUUAAGAGAAUCAGGAGCAUUUGCACAGGAGAUAGGACGGAACUCUUUGUGUUAUGUUAGACAUAUCUGCCUCUCUGCCCUCCAGUGUAUUCCGCAAGCAUAUACAACUAUACGUCACACAUUGUGUACAAUAUACAAACAAACAAAAAAUAUAUAUACACAUAUAUAUACAGUAUUGCUCCAUUCAAACUGAGAGCUGGCUUUAAAUUUGGACAUGGCAGGUUGGAUCUCCUGCAUUAGUGCAUGUAGCGUUGGGCUGUCAGCAGGUUCAGGUGCGUCUCGUUACCCAGUGCCUCUGACAUUAGCACUGUGCUCUGAACACUGCUAGCCGCCAUUCUUUAUGAUGAUGUCAAACUCACGGAGGCACUGCUGUUUUUUUGUUGUUUUUUUUAAAAACAAAAAAAAACCAAAAAAAACAAAACAAACCUACAGCUCCUGUAAGUAAGCCUUCAAAUAUCUGUCGACAAGAAACAUCUGUAAAGUCUGCCAUCUGUUGUAACACCCCGCUCACGACUCAAGGGACAUUUUGCUUAGGGUUACAAUUAAGUGGGCAUUAUGUACAUGAUUUGCAAAGGUAUUGUAUGAAUCUACAUCCGCAGUGUGUUUACAAGUGCUGCUCGAAGAGCUCAAAUGUAUUUUGUUAGGAUAGUUUUUGCUUGGUCCUCUGGCUAAGACUUGGGGGUUGAGUUUGAAAUUUCUAGACACUGGUGAUUAGAAGGUAAAGCCUUUAUGAUUUUGUUAGGUCAUGCUCUGGAUUGAACUGCUGUAUUAUACAGAUGGUAAUACUGUAAAUAGUCAUUCUGAAACCAGUUGAUUCACUUUAUGGCUACAGUAAAGGGUCUGUACAGCAGCAAUAGAAUAAACAUUUCACUUUGGAA